UUAAGCCCGUAGGAUUUUAAGCAUUCGUAAUUGGGGCAAUGUUAUACAUCAGACUCGAAGGCCCAAACCAGAUUUUUCCGAAUCGCAAGUCAAAGCAAAACUCGUGGGCAGACAACUUGCAUGAAGUUUCCCCAUCUUCCCAAAUUUAUAUUUUUCUCCAAACUAAAUAGUUUAGGGUUUAUGCUUCUCUGUUGCUGUAUACUAGUGCUUACCGCUGAUUAAAAUCCUCCACCUUUUCCAAUAUACAGAUUCUUCCUCGGUGUUUUUGUGUAAGCUUCUAUUAUUAACAGCAAGCAACAGAAGAGGCAAAGAAGAUGAAGUUGGAUGUUAACGUUUUGAGAUACCUUUCUAAAGAUGAUUUCCGGGUCCUUACUGCCGUUGAGAUGGGCAUGCGCAAUCAUGAAAUUGUGCCUUCUGAGCUCAUUGCCCGUAUUGCUUCCCUCAAGCAUGGGGGCUCAUAUAAAGUGUUGAAGAAUUUGCUAAAGCACAAAUUAGUCCAUCAUGACGCUUCUAAAUAUGAUGGAUUUCGACUCACCUAUCUUGGUUACGAUUUUCUUGCAAUCAAAACUAUGGUUAAUCGUGGUGUAUUUAAUGGAGUGGGUCGUCAACUUGGCACUGGGAAAGAGUCUGAUAUUUUUGAGGUCGUAAAGGAAGAUGGCACAGUUCUUGCGAUGAAGUUACACAGGCUCGGUAGGGUUUCAUUUAGGGCAGUCAAAGCAAAACGUGACUAUUUGAGGCAUCGUAGCAGCUAUAAUUGGCUCUACUUAUCGCGGCUUGCUGCCUUGAAAGAGUUUGCAUUUAUGAAGGCACUAGAAGAACAUGGAUUCCCUGUUCCAAAUGCUGUCGAUUGCAAUCGGCAUUGUGUGAUUAUGUCACUUGUACCAGGCUAUCCACUUGUGCAGGUUAAGGAGCUGCAAAACCCAGACGUGGUUUUUGAAACAAUCAUUGGUGCUGUUGUUCGUCUGGCAGAACACGGGCUUAUUCACUGCGAUUUUAAUGAAUUUAACAUAAUGAUUGAUGAUGAUGAAAAGGUUACCAUGAUUGAUUUCCCGCAAAUGGUGUCAGUCUCUCAUCCUAAUGCCCAAAUGUAUUUUGACCGUGAUGUGGAGUGCAUCUACAAGUUCUUUGAAAAGCGGUUCAAUAUGUUAUUUGAAGAAAAUGAAAAUGAUUCUGAUGGUUCAGAGGCUGAAAUGGAUGAAGUUGGACGGCCCCAGUUCUCUGAAAUAAACAAAAAUAGCGGUUUCUUGGACAAAGAACUUGCUGCCAGUGGUUUUACAAGAAAGGAUCAAAAUGAGUUGGAAAAGUUAACUGAGGCAGAGCUUGACAUGUAUUCAGAUUCUGAUGAUGAAAGAACCAGUGAUGAAGAAGAUGAAGACAUGAACGAGACAAACAUCAAGCAGCUUGAAUCCUUGCAGUUGGAGAAGGAGGACAACAAUCAUCAAGUUGCGGAUGAGCAUGAUGAUAAUCAUCAAGUUGGGGAUGAGCAUGAUCCUGAGGAUGAUGGAGAGGCUGAGUCUGAAGAUGAUGCCGAACUUGUGAAGAGCCUGAGCAAGCAGAGGAGGAAGGCCAUUCAAGCUGCCCAUCGGGGGAAGAGGAACUUUGCCUCCAGGAAUACAUACAAGGACAAAGGUGGGAAAUCCUCACAGAGUUCAAAGGUCCAUAAGCAAGUGAGUGGCUGGUAAAGUACAGGAACCCCUGGAGGAGUCACUCACUGGUAAAGAAUAUGGAAACUUUUCAUUGCAAGAUGUUCAGUAUCUUUUGAAGGCCAAUUAACGAAGUAUAUGAUACCUCUUAUUUCUUUGGCGCUAAGGUGUUGAAGGAAUAGCCUGUAGAGGAGCUAUCACUAAGGUACUUAAUAACACAGUUUUGACUUGGAUAUGCAUGUCCUAAAUGUCUGUCUUGUAUAUUUGAAAUUUUGGUAGCAUGUUUGGCAGAACAUAAAGGCUUAAGAUUGUUAAUGUACUUGUUAUUUAAAGACUAAAUUAGAAACAGUUUGUAGGUAUGAAGAACUACGUAGACAUUCUAUUGUUGGUCAUACUUAUGCUAUUUGAUAUUUGAAUGGAGGGAAAAAUACUUGUGCUUCUUGGA